AUGGCCAUAGCCUUGAGUAUGGUUAAGGCGACUAAUGGUUUAAAGCAUCCAUAUGUAUAUGGGGUUUUAGUAUUUGAAGUCAUGGCCACAUUUGUGAGGCAAGUGUCUGUUUUAUCCCUCAUCUCCAUUUUUGGAGCUGCGACCACUACCAUGAGAAUAACAGCAAGAAAGGCAGUAACUCUCUUGCUCUCAUACUUGAUAUUUACAAAUCCUUUAACUGAGCAACAUGGGACUGGGCUCCUGCUCAUUGCUAUGGGGAUUAUAUUGAAGAUGAUGCCGGAAAACAAAGCCCCCACUAGGAGUCCGAAUUUAUAUAUCAUCUCCAAUAACGGGAAAUCCCCAGCACAAGAAGAGAAAAUCUCAUCAGAAAAUGAAGACGAUGACAAGAAAAGACUCUUGGUGUAA